AUGAGUGAUCAUCAGAACUCCUCAAAUGAGGCUACAGGUGCCACUGAAGGCCCUGCUUCGAAAAAGCCCUGUUUGAUCGAGACGCCGCCUGUCCAUGGGACCCCAGACACUGGCAGCGAUUUCUACGGCACUCCCUUGGCUGGCGCCACCCCAGCCAUGAGUACAACUGGGGUGACCAUUGAAAAAGAUGCAGGCGAUAUCCCUGUUCCCUCAAAGCCCAGCAAUGUGAUCCCCGGAUUGAACCUUAUCCACCACCCCUCCGAACAAGCCAAUGGCUCACCCCCAACCGAACACACAACCCAGCAAGAGCAAGAUAAGCCAGUGCAAAAAGAAGAGGAUUUGGGUACAGAGACCAAACAAGAUCAAAACCAACAUGUCUCCCAGCCCGAACCCAGCGAGGUAGUGAUGAAGGACGAGCCGGAGGCGAUCAAAAUCGAACAUGAAGCGACUGCUGCCCCCGCCGAAUCCAUGGAAGUCGAGCAAAACACACACCAAGACAAUAUGAUUGAGGCCGCUGCUAAGGGCGAAGAUGGCGAAGAAGAAGAGCACCCUGAGUGGGAGGUUGACUCCUCCCCCUACGAAUCAUCUUCGGACAGUUCAGAUUCCUCAGACUCCGAUGAUAGCGACGAUGAGGACUAUCCCAUCCUCAGUGCCGAGGAGCAAGCGCGGAUUCUCAUGCUAGCGGAAGGCGGCUCGGAUGACGAGGGAGAUGGCAAGGGCAAAUCGGGUGGACAUCUGCGGACCACCAACGAAAUCGAACAGGAGAUUUUGCCUGUUCCUGACGUCAAGAUCACCCCCGAGAUGAAUAUUGUGUUCCUCGGUAAAGUUCAUGCCGCUAUAGACAACAAUGUCCUUGUCGAGGCCAAUACCUCAGGAGAAUAUCAGGUACUUGAGUCGGGCUCCUUGCUUUGCUCUGAUGACCGCCAGGUUAUUGGUGUAGUAGCAGAGACCCUUGGCAGAGUUGAAAACCCUCUGUACACCAUCGCAUAUGCCACAGCCGCCGAGGUUCAGGAAAAGGGCCUAGUUAAGGGAAAAGACAUUUUCUACGUUGAAGGGCACUCAACCUUUGUUUUCACUCAGCCACUUAAGGGCAUGAAGGGCAGUGAUGCCUCCAACUUCCACGACGAGGAGGUUGCCGAUGAAGAGAUGGAAUUCUCCGAUGACGAGGCGGAGGCUGAAUAUAAGCGCAAGCUAAAGCAAAAGCGACAAGAGCGAAAGGAAGCCAGAGAAGGCCCCCGAGGCAAGAAGCCAGCCCCGGGACCUUCCAAGUUGAACCAGAGUGAGCUCAACUAUGACGAUGCAGGAGGCGAGGAGGGUUACACCCCUCUUGCACGCCCCACCAACCUCCACGAAAUGAUGAGUUCCCGCGAGCCCCCAGUCGAAGGCAAUGAGCGCGGCGGCUUCCGUGGCGGAAGAGGCCGUGGCCGGGGUGAUCGUGGGCGUGGAGGACGAGGCAGAGGGGGACGAGGAGGCAGGGAAUGGGAACAAGACCGUCGGCCUCAGCAGGGCAAUAGUUCAUCCUAUGAGGCUCAGCCUCAGGCCCAGGCCCAGGCCCAACCUCAACCCCAACCACAAGCCCAGCCCACACCAUACGGCCAACCCAUGUACCAACAGCAGCCCCAGUAUCCGUACGGGAUGGCCCAGCCCUUCGCUGCAUAUGCACAAUACGCACAGCAACAAGCUCAGAACCCGCAACUUCAACAGCAACAGCCGCAGUUUGGUCAAAAUGGAGGGCUAGCACAGAUGCCUUUCCAGUUCCCUAAUCUCCAGGGAUUACAACAAAUGCAGCCCAUGAUGUUCCAGAACCCCUCACAGGGUGCUAAUCAAUUCACCCCUCAACACCUUGCUAUUUUGCAACAGCAACAACAACAAUUGCUUCAACUUGCGCGGACUCAGCCCAUGCAGCAUUUCGCUCAGCCCCAGCACCCGCAUUAUCAGCAGCCCCAGCAGCAAGCACCUCCCCAGGCCCAAACACCUGCUAUGAACUUUGAUCAAGUCAAAGCUCAGCUGGAUUUGCUGCGGAAUUUGAGCGGCGGGAACCAAGGCCCUCCUCCUUCUUGA